AUGCGCACCGCUUCAACAAAGAGACGUGCAAACUCUUCCGCUCAGGAAAUCGCUGGUGAUGUGGGAGUACUUCUCUGCGUUGCCGGACUUGGACCAUCGGCAAUACUCAGUAAUAGAGAAAGUAUACGCGUCUACCUACCACACAGGCUCAAGGAAAUCCUGGAGACUACAGAAACCAGUGUUUUAAAAGGUAUCGCAAGAAGUUAUGCCAAAGGUAGAGUUAAGCCGGGGGCGCCUGCUACGCAAGAGAACCAGGCUUUGGUCUCCAGUGAGAAUACUUCACCUGCAAUCACUAACCUUGUAUCGAAUUUGCAAGUAUCCCACCACCAAGGGGGAGAAGUUUUUUUGACGGGAGACGUCUACGAACUGGCAGUUGAAGACCUUCAAAUGAUCGCAACGAUGCCAAACCAGAUUUCUGGCAAAAUCCGCUUGACCGAAACGUAUAACCCGUACACUCCGUCAUUUAUCACAAUACCCGUGUCGAAUGAGCUCGUAAUCAGUUUAUCAUCGGCUGCCCAAAGGUUAUCUGAUCAGAGCUCACUGCACGAUGCUUUUACCUGCGGCAUAUCCGACACGAAGCGAGCCUGA